AUGUCUUCAUACUACCAGUUUAACCACCACCAGGCGCACCCCACCCCUGCCGUCCCUGGUGCCUCCCACAACCAUCAUGGCGGCCGCAAUCGCAGAGCGCCCCGUCUAUCCGUCUCCCAGAACCAGCACAAGCAGUUCCGCGGCGUGCGAAGCAUGAAGGAGCUGACCGAGUCCGCUACUCUCAACGCUUUCCGCACAAAGUUCGAGGCUGGUCGCUCCUUUGACCUCGAGGAUGACAUGGAAUUCUGCCCUGGCCUGUUGACCGACAGCGACAUGAACUCCAUCCACAGCUCUUCUGAGCGUUCGUCUCUGGCCAGCAACUCUCCCGAGUCCUCGCCGACGCAGCAACCCCAGACCGUCGCCCCUGGGUUCUCGCUGAACUCUUCUUCUCCCGCCUUCAUCCCUCCCGCGUACCAGCAGUCUAGCCUCAAGCUUCAUCAGCCUGCGGCUACCCGCGCCCGCAAUGCCAUUCCCAUCGUUAACCCUGCCACCGGCAUCACCAUGUCGAGCCCGCCGCCUUCGGUUUCCCCCGCCAGGAUGCAGCAGGGCAUGGGUCGCAGAUGGUAA